ACAAUCGUGUGAACCUCCACGUUGAAUCUCCUUCCUCCGUGUUUGCACUCCGAGGAGAAAACGCCACCCUGCCAUGUAGGUUUUGGUACCAGCCUGAGUUGAACUCUCCCAGGAAGGUCCGAAUUAAGUGGUCCUGGGUUUCUGUCGCUGGGGGGCCUCAGACGGAUGUGCUGGUAGCUGCGGGGUCCCGUAGAAGAACAUUUGGAGAAUUCAGGUUUUUCUUUGUAGAUUUACGUGCGAACUGAUAGUGUAUUCCCCGAAAUCACAUGUUUUUGUCGAUCAGAGGACGUGUGCAGCUCAGGCAGAACUUUCCAGAAGAUGCUGCACUUGUGAUGACGCAACUCCAACUGAACAACACAGGCCGCUAUGUCUGUGAAGUGGUGGACGGACUGGAGGACAAGAGGACUACAGUGGACCUUGAGUUGAAGGGUGUGGUGUUUCCAUACCAGCAUCGUCUCGGCCGUUAUUACCUGACCUUCCUGGAGGCUAAGCAGGCGUGUGAGCAGCAGGACGCCACGGUGGCCACGUUCACUCAGCUCUACCAGGCCUGGGAGGAAGGUCUGAACUGGUGCAACGCAGGCUGGCUGGCCGACGGGACAGUCCAGUACCCCAUCACUCAGCCCAGAGCAACUUGUGGCGGUUCUGGACUUGCCCCAGGCAUCCGGAGUUACGGAAAGCGCCUGUCGCAACCUCAUCGCUAUGAUGCCUUCUGCUUUUCCUCUUCGUUGCGAGGGAAAGUGUACUACUUUCAGCCUUCUGGCAAGAUGAACCUGACAGAGGCUCGGCAGGCCUGUGAGGACGAUGAAGCCCAGAUCGCCAAAGUCGGCCAGCUUUACGCAGCAUGGAAACUGACGGGCUUGGAUCACUGCAAUGCCGGCUGGUUGGCCGAUGGAAGUGUUCGAUAUCCCAUCACAAGGCCACGAAGAAAUUGCAGUCUUUCGGAGCCGGGAGUACGAAGCUUUGGCUUCCCCCCUUCCCAGGACAAGCAUGGAGUCUAUUGCUACAAAGCACAGGAGUAAUGGAUGUACAGUAGUAAAAAUAUUCAACAUGAAGAUUUUUUCCUCUUUGUACUCUCCAAUUGUGUUAUCAAUAUAGUUGGUGUCAACACAAUCAUUGUAAGUCUUCAGAAAGUCAUACACAAUUGGAAAUAUGGCAUUUGCAGUAAAUUACAUUCAGUAUCUGUGGAAACAGACUUUUAGAAGUUUUUCUUACAGAGGUCUACUGUCAAGAAAUAUACAUAUUGUAUCUCGUUACCAUUUUGAAGGGGAAAAUGUUAAUUUUUUCCGUACCUCCAGAAGCAGGUUAAAAAGGAACUACUUUUUGCAACUGUCUGUCUUUCUGUACAGUAAUAAUGUCAAAUUUAUGGGACUUUACAUCCUUUACCAGCGUUCUUCUACAGGCUACAGGUGAUGAUCACUGACAGCAAAACAAGUACAAAAUUGAGGAAUUGCUGUUUUCUGCGACCUUAACUGAACUGUGGAUUCUAAAAAAUGAAAAUGCCACAGAAAAUGCAUAUUAUUAUAUACAUUUUUUUGAUUUCUGUUCACCCUACACUCCACAUUCUAAACUUUGUUCAUGGCAUAGUUUAUUAUCAAGUUUUUUCAUGUAUUUCAAUGUAUUAAAAUCAGCAUAAAA